UGUCCUCGUGGUUUUUGGCCGGGGGGCGGGGGCAUCCGGGAAUCCGGGAAGAAGGGCAUGCGGGUGGCGGGACCAGGAAGGUGUUACCGGCCCCGAACAGGUUUUAUAUGUGAUAUGGGCAAUAAUUUAAUUAAGAAUUAAUGAAGCUUUGAAUCUGCUUUGUCCAUUAAUUAAGAUGAUUAAAUCCAAAAUUCUGAAAAGUCACUCAUCUAUUCCUCAUACUGAUGAGGUAACAAUUGCUUGUGAAGAUGGAUCUUUCCAAAAAGCAGAGCAGAAGACAAGAAUUCUAGGUCUUGAAGAGGCAAAACAAUUAGCCAAAAAUCAGGUCUUAGUAUCUGACUUUAAGCAACAGAAACUUGAGAAAGAAGCACAAAAGAACUGGGAUCUAUUCUACAAAAGGAACAGCACCAAUUUUUUCAAGGACAGACACUGGACAACUAGAGAGUUUGAAGAAUUAAAAGCCUGCCGUAAAUUUGAAGAUCAAAAAUUGACAAUUCUGGAAGCAGGUUGUGGUGUUGGGAACUGUUUGUUUCCACUUCUAGAAGAAGAUUUGAAUAUGUUUGCUUAUGCUUGUGACUUCUCUCCCCGAGCAGUGGAAUAUGUAAAACAAAAUCCUCUAUAUGAUGCCAAAAGAUGCAAAGUAUUCCUGUGUGACCUGACCAAAGAUGAUCUUGUGGAAAAUGUACCAUUAGAGUCAGUGGAUGUGAUUAUGUUAAUAUUUGUACUUUCUGCCAUUCAUCCUGAAAAGAUGCAUUUAGUUUUGAAAAAUAUUUAUAAGGUUUUAAAACCAGGUAAAUAUGUCCUAUUCAGAGAUUAUGGCCUACAUGAUCAUGCAAUGCUGAGGUUUAAAUCUGCUUGCAAAUUGGAAGAAAACUUCUACGUACGACAAGAUGGAACCAGAUCAUACUUUUUUUCUGAUGAGAGGCGUUCUUUCUGGCGCAGCCUUGCGGCGAGGAGCAAAACGGUCAGAUCACCGCGAAGGGCCGGCACAGUCCUCUGCCAGUGGAACCUAGGCUGCUGGAGCAGCUUGGCGGCGGCCCCUCGGCUUCUCAAAGCGCAGAGAUAGGCUCCGUUCCCUCAUCU